AUGGGAGACACUAAGCUCUGUCUGUUUCUUCUACUCAGUGCUUAUGCUUUGGCUGAGUCAAACACGCAAGUGACUGAUGAAGUGGCAGGAGAAGAACCAUUAUGUCCAUUGGCAACACGAUUUAGGAACUUGAAAAAAUAUACUUAUCAGUACAUAUCUGAGAGCACAAAUGGAGUGCCUGGAACAGCUGACAUCAAGAAUGGACACAGAAUAUCCUGUAAGGUAGAACUUGACGUUCCACAGACAUGCAAAUUUGUCCUGCACACCACUGAGUGUGCACUGAGUGAAGUGACUGGCAUUGAUGAUCAGGGACAGCCAGUCUAUACACCAGCUCCUGGAACCGAGUCCUUCAAGGCUGCCAUGAAGAGGAGCCCCUUGAAAUUUGUGGUGAAGCCUGUGGGCAAACAAUUCAUCUAUCCUGAAAAGGAUGACCCUGAGAAAAUAGUGAGCUUAAAGAAAGGGAUCAUAUCUGCUCUUUUAGUGCCUGCCACUGAGGAGGAGCAUAACAGAAUAAUGACUACCAUACAUGGUAGGUGCCCAACUGACCUCACUGUCAACUCAAGGAAUGAUAUAUACACUGAUGUCACUGUGGUCAGGGAUUUGUCAACAUGCAGUCAUUUUUAUCCUCACAACCUCCCUUCCAGUCCUCUGUCUCUUCCAAUUGACCUGAAUGGACUUCUCACCAAGUUCAUCACUAGCACUCAAACCUGCAACUAUCAAUUUGACAACAGGAAAAAGCACAUGACAGAGGCCCAAUGCACAGAGAAACACCUCUUCAUUCCAUUCUCUCAUGAGGGCCAGUAUGGUAUUUCUUCUGAGGUGAAACAGAGUCUGGUUCUGCAAGAGUCAGUGAAGAUUAACAACAGAUAUUUCAACACAGAUGGCACAUCUGAGAAAACACUUUUCCAAGAACAAGUGGAAGACACAUCUUUAAUCCAGAACAAAAAGGACAUUGUUGCCUUGAUGAAAACCAUCAAUGACCUGCCUCACUCUAGAAGGAACCAGGAGAGGGCACGUCUAUUCCAUAAACUGGUCUCACAGAUCCGUGGAAUGAAGAAUGAGACCUUGUCUUUGGCUGUUGAAGAAAUGAUUGUGAUUUCCAAAUGGCUGACCUGGCAAGCUCUGUUCCAGUGUGGAACCAAUGAAUGCACCAGUGCCAUUCUGCAGGUCCUGAGAGAUGUCAAUGAACCAGGUUGGGAGGCAGAUGCCAUAACAUAUGUCUUGAGUCUUCUGCCACAAGCCAGUCCACAGCGCCUUAGAGACAUACUUAGCAUGGCUCAGCACCGCCAGAGCAAGCCCAUCAUGUAUGCCCUUGCUAACACUGUGAUAAAAUUCUCAAAAUAUCAAGCAAUUAAUGUUCCUGAAGUGAAAGCAGUCGCAGAGUUCAUGGAGUUUAUGCUAGGUGAUUGCUCAGGAGAUGAGGACAAAACAUUUCUCACAUUGAGGGUCAUUGGUGUUAUGGGAAAAUACAUGGAGGGCUUUCCAUCUCUAAAAUCCACUCUCUUAAAGUGUAUGUACCAGCAGGAUGCUUCUUUGUCAGUACAAAAAUCAGCCAUCCAUGCUUUCAGACUGAUGAAACUCGAUGCUGAUGUGACGAGCGCCCUGUUACAGCAGUACCAGGGCACUGAAGCACCUGCCCAGAAACGUAUUGCUGCAUAUUUAAUGUUAAUGAGGAACCCUGAUAUAGUAGAGGAGGUGUUGAAGACAAUGAAAAAUGAGAAAGAUCUGCAGGUCAAGAGCUUUGUUGUGUCUCACAUCACUAACCUCUUGGACACAGAAGAUCCAAAUCUCCAGACAGCAAAGGAUUACAUUAAAAAAGCCUUGGAAAGUGAUGCAGACUUAUCUGCUAGGGAUUUCACAAAGUUUUCUCGUAAUUACAAGAUUCAUGUGCCAUGGACUGGUUCUGUAGAGAGCAAUGUCAUCUUCGACUCUGCCAGUUAUAUGCCCAGAGAAAUCACAUUGGCAACCACCCUUGAUACUUUCAACUUGGAGUUACUGGAGAUUGGUCUGGAAAGUGAAGGGUUAGAGCCAACCAUUGAUGCCUUGUUUGGUGAAAAUGGAUUCUUUCCUGAUACCAUCUCCAAGGCUAUGUACUGGGCAAAUGACCAGGUUCCACCCCAAAUCAGCAAGUUUCUGGAGAAAUGGAUUGCUCCUUUAAAAGGCAGCAGGAUGAAGAGAGAGAUCUCCCAGAACAUUUUGGAGCAGAUUAAAGACAACUUUGAGGAGUUCAGACAAGGCCUCAAGUCUUUUAAAGAGAAUAAAGAUGCUCCUAAAGCCAUGGCCUACCUCCAGUUUUUGGGAACAGAACUGGGAUACAUGAAGACAAGUGAACUCACUGGCAUUCUUGAAAAUAUCAUAACAUACAAAAAUAUUUUCUUCAGCAACAUUUUAACACCAUUUCUGCAGAAACUGUUAUCUGCAACAGAUAAUGAGGUUUUUGCCCACUACAUGUUCCUGGAUGAAGCCUUCACCCUACCCACAGGUUCUGGUUUCCCUCUGAAAUUUUCUUUGGCUGGAAUUUUUGCCCCUGGUGCAACCGGAGGCCUGAAGUUUAAACGUGGCAUGCAACAGCUCACGUUCAAGCCAUCGAUGGGAGUUGAGUUUGUUACCCAGAUGGGCAUCUAUUUCCCAGAAUUUAUAGAUGCUGGUAUUAGAAUGCACACAAACAUAUACCAUGAGAGUGGCCUGGACUCCAAAAUCACACUGAGUGCCACCGAAAUCAAGUUUUCCAUCCCUGUGACAAAGGAGAACACCCAACUGCUAAGCAUCAGCAAUGAGCUAUUUUCAAUCACUUCCACUACGGCCAAAAAAGUAUCUCCUAAUGAGGAAGACAAAACUGACUCUACACAAUGCAGUCCCAUCUUCCCUGGAAUGAAGUACUGUACCAUACUUCACUACUACAAUGCCAACUCUGCCCAUUCCCCUUACUACCCCCUAACCGGAGAAACUAGGUUUGCAUUGGAACUUCAGCCCACUGGGGAUGUAUCAGAAUACACUGCAACUGUUUCUUAUGAAGUUCUGAAUGAAGACAAAGAAGGUCGCCAUAAGGUUGACUCACUGGCUGUUACUCUUAAGGCUGAGGGCACCACACCUACAGCUGCUACUGCCACUUUGAAAUAUAACCGUAACAAGAAAAUCUUAACUAGUGAGCUUCAAAUACCAGACAUUGAUGUUGAGACUGGUAUUAAGCUGGCAGUCAUGGAUAGCACUGGAAAAGAGGAAAAGAUGCAUGGUAUUACAAUUGAUGUAAGCAACAGGAAGAAUCUCCAGCUGUCCUUGGUUGGACGUGCCAGACUGGAGUCUAUGAAAGAUGGAAUGCUAGAACUAGAGAUGUCUGUCCCUGCUCUACAGCUGGAUGCUUCUGCCACUGCCAGUCUAAGGAAAAUGAAUGGCCUUGUUUUACAACUUCAAACAGCUUUUAACAUCCCAAUGGCUUCUUCAUUGCAGAAAGCAAUUCUUAGAUAUGAUGAGAACAAGAUUGAGCUGGAGAUUAAGUCAGAUUUGAAUUCUGAGGUUACAAAACUCAUCCCAGACAUUGAAAACUACAGUAACCAGCUACAAAUGUUAAUCAAUGGCAUCCUUGAUGAAAAGGUGGCCAAAACUGAUAUGAAACUUCGACAUAUUGUUUCAAAAAGUAUAGAGGCAGGUAACAUUUGGCUUGACAAAUUUGGACGAUACAUUCCAUAUUUGAGGAAUCUAAGGAGCAAGAAAUAUAUCCCAGAAUUCACUCUGCCCUCUAUGCCAGAGAGACUGUAUUUCAAUUCUGAUGCACUGUUCCGGUACCAGUUCAACAAGGGCAAAGUAUUCUUCUCACUGCCUCUUCCUUUUGGUGGUAAAUCCUCUGCAGAGUUAAACAUUCCCUCUGGGUUCAGACUCCCCACUAUUGAUGUGCCCUGGCUUGGGUUAUAUGUGCCUGAAAAUGUGUACAGAAUCCCCUCCUUCACAAUCCCUCAGAACUUGGACUUCUCAUUACCCAUGAUUGGCAUGGGAGAGGCUUCUGCUAAAAUGAAGAGCAACUUCUAUGACUGGGAAGGCUCACUCCAAGGAGGAAAUUACACUGAUGAUGUUCCCAGCUACAUUGCUAAAUACAAAGUUAUGGCCACCAGUCCUGUGACACCUCUUUCAUAUAAAAUUGAAGGUACAGCUCUGGUUUCUGGCACUUUUGAUGACACCUUUAAGUACCUUGUGACUGGCUCCUUGAAACACAGUUUCCUUGAUGCUAGCUUUCGUGUCUUUGAAAGCAUGACUGGGUUUGACAAUGCCAGUCAAAUUUACAAGCUUCAAGUCACAAGCCCAUUUGGACUAGAAACCUCCCUGUAUUAUUCUACUCAGUGUUAUACCACAGGUUAUGAGAUCACUGCAGAUGGAAAUAUUGAUGGAGUCUUCAAAAUAGGAUCCCUGUAUGCCAACACCACAUAUACCCAAUCCUACACCAUUAAUCUCCUCAGUGCAGAAGGAACAGGAGAAUCUGUCUUGAAAUUUGACUCUUCAGUCAUCCAGGGUCAAACUGUGACCAAGGGCGAAUAUCGCAAUAAAGAGUUAUCUAUUGUGUCCAAAACAAGCGCAAAACAGGAUGCUCUGAAGCAUAUAGCUGAAGUGAAGUACAAAGAUGGCCAAUUGACUUUGAAGUCAGAUGCUAGUGUUGCAGCAAUGAACAAAGAACUUCGCUUUCAGACUGGCCUACAUUUGACAAAGGAAAAAGCCAGCUUCAAACUUGAGACCCAUGCUGAUGAUGCAGCAAAUCGAGCAUACUCUGUCCUCAUGGGAUCUCUGAAUGACAAAGGACUUGAAGUGAACUUGGAUGGUUCCCUAAACUUUGAAAAUAGCCAUGGAACACACAAAGGUACACUUACUUUGGGAGUGAAUGGCUUGGCCACAAACUGUACAACAACACUUCAGUGUAACUCAAUGACAUUUGAGAAUGUCUUAAAUGCUGGUAUUGAUGGAACUGAUGGUGCCUUCAUGUCUCUUUUGACUAAAGCGUUAGGUCAGGACAAUUCAGUUGAGUUCAAUGUAAAAGGCAAAAUCUCUAAGACUGAAGUUAAGUUAAACAGCAUUUUUAAAGGCAAUGCUUUUGAGGGUGAUGCAAGAAACACAAUGAAUUUGGCUCUGAAUGCGCAGGGCCUAACUGUCUCCAACACUAUGACAAGCACAUUACAGAAAAUGAAGACCGAAAGCACUCAUACCCUAACUGUAACUCUAUGGACCCUAGUGUUCCAUUCCAAAACAGAUAGUUUCAUCUGUGAUGGUGUGUCAUAUGGCCAUAAUAUCAAGGUGAACAUGAGGCCUUUUGUUACCUCUGUGCUCUCAAACAGUAAAGUCGAGAUUUUUGACAUCACCUUCAGCAAUGACGGAUCUCUGAAGUUGGAGCCUUUUAAGUUAGAGGCAACUGGAAGCAUUACUGGCAAAUAUAAGGAGGAUACCAUUAAGACCACUUAUGAAAUCAAUUUUUCUGACUUGAGUGGUUCAAUAAAAUGUGACGCAACUGGAGAAGUUCUGGAAUCCAAGAUCAGCCAGAACAUUGAACUGGAAUUUGCUGGAUUAUCCUCUGUUUUUAAAAGCGAGACCCAUUUAAAUUCCAGAGCUUUGCGCCUUGAAAAUGUCAUCCGUACAAUGGCAGUGCCAUUUAGCCUUACUGUUGAUGGCAUUUUGAAUGUUGAUGGUUCAGUGAAUUGGUAUGGUACGCACACUGGGCAACUCUAUAGCAAGUUCCUCUUGAAAGGAGAACCUUUUGCAAUAGCUAAGUCCCUUGAUUGGAGAGCCUCAGCCAUACAUGCAUUACCAAAUGGGAAUUCGGCAGAAAGUCACAUUGAAAACAAAUUUAAUGGCUUGUUGAUACCCAAUGAGCAGUCCAUUUUGUGGCGCUUCAAGUCUAAGUUAAAUAACCAUGCAUACAAUCAAAAUGUCAGUAUUUACAACAAAGAAACAGAUAUGGGGGUUCAGCUCUCUAGUGUGCUCCACACAGAUCUCUUGCUUGGAGAAUCAAGUGACAAUUCUUUGGACACCCAGGAAUUCAGCAUCUCUGGUUUUCUUAAGUAUGAUAAAAACAGCAACUGUCACAUCAUUGAUUUAUCCUUCAUUGAGAGCCUUCCUGUUGCCUUUGAGAGAAUGAAAACCUCAAUCGUGAAUAUUCUUGAGUCUCUUCAGGAGUACCUCAAUGGUUUGGAUAUCAAUGAUUUGGCAAGGCAAUUCAGAGAGAACUUGGAAAAAAUUCCACACAAUAGUCGUUACUUCAUGGAGGAGCUUGAUCUACAGAACAAAUUAAACAUGGCCAAGGAUAAGAUGAUUUCUUUAGCACGAGACUAUGUUAUUACCUUGGAUGAUGUAGAUUUAUCUAUGGAGAAGCUUAAGAUUGCUUCCGAAAAAGCCUUAAUUGAUUUUGCUAUCAAAAUAAAAGACAUUCAGGCCCAAGUAAAAGGUUUUAUUGAAAGUGGAUCAUUGACAAAAAUUUUGGAAAAAAUUGGCAAUGACCUCAAAAGCUUUGAUGAAAGAUACAGCAUUACGAGUACAAUCCUUAAAGUCAUCAAUACCGUUGAAGAUGUAAUUAGACAGAUUGAUCUGCAGAAGUUGCAGGACAGCAGCAUGACUUGGUUGAGAAAGCUUGAUGCCAAAUAUGAUAUUAGAGCAAAACUCCAAACAAAAUUGAGCAAACUGAAGCAAGCAAUAGAGGCCUUUGACAUUACAAAGUUUGUUCAGGAAGUGAUAAACUAUAUAAGCUCAUUUGAUCUGGAGCAGUAUGCGAAUCAGCUGUCUGAUCACAUCCCAGCUGAAGACAUUGAAAAUAUGAUUGAGUCCAUAAAUGAUGUCAUUGUCAGUUGGAUUGAUGAAUAUGAAUUUGUGGAAAAGACCAAUUAUGUUUUCUCAAAAAUAAGUAAGCUGUUUCGAAGAUAUGAAAUUGAAAGGAAGAUGGAAAUCUUCAUACAACAGGCAAUCAUUCUUAUUGAGCAGUACAAAAUCCACAAGACUGUUGAGGCAGUGGUAGAGAAUUUAAAGUCUAUUCCAUUUGAAUACUUUUCAGACAAGCUCUUUGAACUACUUCAUGUUAUUGUGACUGAACUAAAAUUAGUUGACAUUAAGCGAAAAAUUGAUGAUUUAAAUAAUUAUACUGAAACUAUUAUUAGGAAUCUCAAGAAUUUUGAUUACAAUGAAUUUGUCAAUGAAGCCAAUGAGAGUAUCAGCAAAAUAAUCAAUUACAUCAAUGAACAAAUAAUAAUCCAUGAAAUCCCACAGAAAAUAGAGGCAUCCAAUGACUUUAUAAGAAAGAUGUAUGCCUCUACUGUUAAGUAUUUAGAGCAAUUGAAAAACACUAAGGUAGCUGAGGUUUAUAGGAUACUAAAGGAUGUAAUAGACAGAACAGCUUACAAGGAUAUCAAACUGAAGAUCCAGGACAACCUUGAAGAUAUAAGACAGAGAAUCCAAGACAUGGACAUAAGAGAUGAAAUCCUUGUUUACCUGGAAAGAGCCAGUGAAUCCUACAACAAUAUGCUUGCCUACAUCUCAUUACAAUUGCAUAAAUUGAUUGAGAUUAUACAGAAGGUAUCAGGUGAGCAAGACUUUCUUACUCAAAUUCAACAAGCUGUGGAAGAAGUUCUCAGGUCUCUCAAAACGGCACAGAUUGAAAUACUGGAUUUUACCAUUCCAUUCACUACAUUUCACAUUCCUGCUUUUGACAUAAAUCUCCCUAGGCUUCAAGAUAUUAACAUUCCAUCUGUGAUAACAAUACCUGAAUUCACAGUUCUGGAUUUUAUCCAUGUUCCAUCUGUCUCCAUUAAUUUUGAGGAAAUUAAACAGAAGAUAAUUGAAUUCAUUGACCAAAUCAAAGAUUUUGAAAUUCCAGAGCUGGAUCCUGAGGCCACAUUUGGUGACUUAAGGGCACUUUAUUGGUAUUAUCUGCCUGACUUUACUUUCCCAGAGAUCAGACUUGUAGAGUUCAAGUUCUCAGAAAUACAUAUACCCAAAUUAAAUCUGGAGAAUUUUGAGAUUACCAUGUUGCCUAUUCCUGAAGUUAAGCUGCCUCCAAUUUCACUAGAACCAUGUGUACCUGCUUUUGGAAAGCUGUAUGGAGAAUUCCGAUUAAAUUCCCCACACUACACAAUAAUGACAGUGGCAGCAAUUAAGAAUACAACAGCUACAAGAUCGGAGCCACAGUUCAAAGUUACUCUGACUUCAAAGGUAACAUCAACUCUAGAAGUUCUUGGUUACUCUUUAGAUGCAAUGCUUCAAAUUGAAGCCCCUAACAUGAAGAAAAUGGUGAUUAGUGAGACCAUAACAGCCAACCACAUGGCUUUUAGUAUCAAUCAUGAAGGUUCACUUAUUUUCAGUGGCCCUUCAGCUGAGGCAACAGCAAAGACAGAUGCUAAGGCUACAACUCAAAUAUACAAUGCUGAUUUAACAAAUAAUGUAGGAGUUGUUCUAAAGAAUGGAAUAUCUGUGAAGAUGGACACAACCUACAACCAUGACCUCAACAUCCCCUCGAUGAAAAUCUCAAGUCAGGCCACAAUUACAAAAAAGGCUGAGGCUCGAUUUGAAUCUGGAGUCAUCUCUGUGACUUGCAGAAAUGUGGGAAAUGGAAAAUGGUCAGUCAAGGACUAUGCUGAUGAAGGCAUCCACAAGAGCAAUCUGGAAUUUAGUGUCAAUGGAGGUACUGCAAAGUUAACCUUUGAUGGUGAGACAAACAGCCAAGUCCUGAAAGCAAAACAGUCAGUCAAUGCUGAAUCUGUCAUCCUGAGCCAUAUUAUUCUUCAUGUCAAUGCUGAGACAGAGACUCCCUUCUUGAAGACAAGUGUAAUGAGACUGACAGGGAAAGCCCAAAUGGAGGGUCUCAGAAUUGAACUAAUGGCCUCGCAUAAUGCAGAACUGACUGGAAGAGUCAGUGGAACUCUGUCAAAUUCUUGUGAAUUUCUAGCCCAGCCAUUUGGGCUCACUCUUGACUGCAAAAAUAAAGGAAACUCUAAAAUAGUCUUGCCCCUUAAACUAACUGGAAAGAUUGAUGUCCAGCAAGAUUAUAAGAUGACUUUGAAUUCUGAAAAACAGCAUGUAUGUUGGUUGGGUCAAACUCGAUUUAACCAGUACAAAUAUAACCACAACUUCACUUUAAAUAACUAUAAAUAUGAUGCAGGAAUCUAUGCAUCAAUGGAUGGUGAGGCUAAUCUUGAUUUUUUGACUGUCCCACUAACUAUUCCAGAGAUGACACUACUAUGGUUUGACACUAAAACUCCCAUGAUCAAAGACUUUUCUUUGUGGGAGGACUUUGGCCUGAAAGACCUACUGACCACACCUCAUCAAUCAUUUGACAUGAAUUUUCAGCUCCAGUAUCAAAAAAACAUAGACAAACACACUUUUAACCUAGAUCUUGGACCCAUCUACAAAUCUAUUAAUGAAAAUGCUAAAAUUUUAAGAGUACACUUUGAACUUGGACGGGACAAAAUUUUUGAUGCCUUAACAAAUUCUUAUAACCAAGCCAGAAUUCAAUUUGAAAAAUUCAAGACUGACACAUCCAAACAGCCCCCAAAGUAUUUCACUGUCCCUGGAUACACUGUACCUCUGUUAAAUAUUGAAGUAUCAGCCUUUAGAGCUGAAUUGCCUGCAGUCAGCUAUUUUAUCCCCAAAGAGGUUAGCACACCUAGUUUCAAAGUUCCUAUGAUGGGUUUUUCAGUUCCCUCCUAUACUCUUGUACUACCAUCUCUAGAACUGCCAAUUUUGCAUGUGCCUGAAACCCUCAGGGAGCUAACACUACCUACAUUCACAUUGCCAGAUAUUCAAAACAACAUCAUGAUACCUGCUCUAGGAAAUGUGACCUAUGACUUUUCAUUCAAGUCACCAGUGAUUUCUGUGAAUUCUAAUGGUGGCCUCUACAACCAGUCUGACAUUGUGAUCAAACUGGGAGCAUCUUCCUCCUCUGUGUUUGAAUUUCUUAAGGGCAAACUUGAUGGUACAACCAGCAUCACUAGGAAGCAGUGUCUAAAAAUGGCUACAACUCUGUCAUUGGAGCACAAAAAUGCAGUAUAUACUCAUGACAGCAGUGUCAGUCUCACCAAGAGGAUUCUAGAGGCUUCCCUAGCAAAUGUUUUCAAAAUCAGCCUGCCUGUUUUUACAAUGGAAUUAAAUCAGCAACUUCAAGGGAAUACCAAGACCAAGCCUAAUCUUGCCUCAAAUAUUAAGGUUGAAUACACUUCCACUCUCCCAACAUUAAAAAGUGAAGUGAAAGGAAAAAUGCAACAUGAGCUUGUGCUUGAGGCACUCUCAUCCUAUUUCUCUGUGGAGAGUUCUUUGAGGGGAAAGACAGAUGGAACAAUAAUGGAGAAUGGACGUUUUUCAGAAUCUUUAAACAACAAUGCAGUACUAUACCUAAAUACGAAUGGUCUACAUUUCACUGUAAAAACAGCUUUAACAUCUGAUGUUGAUUACAAGAAGGCUAAAAUCUGGAAUCUGGAUAUGACUGAAAACCUUGAACUUGAGGCUUCUCUUCAACGCAUUUAUGCCACAGUGAAUUAUACAAGUAAUAAUGAGGUAAAUAUUGCUUCUUUUUCAACCAGUGGAAAGCACUCUGCAAAGGGAACUAUUGAAUUUGUUCCACUGACAACCCUGUCUGCUAGACUAAAUAUUGAUAUAUCACAGCCAUCUAAUAUUGGUCUUGCAAAUAUAAUGGAGAAUGUGGAUCUAGCUGUCAUCUCAGGUAAACAGAAGUUAGUUUGGAGUAGCACGGAACAACUAGCAUCAAUUAAACAUUCCAGUGAUAUGAUACUGUCCAACGAUGAAUCUGAGAUACGCAUGGAGAUUGCAGAAUCCUUUGAAGGUCAUCUUGCAUUUUUGAAGUCUAUUAAACUGCCUGUCUAUCAGAAAACUCUAUGGGAUGUGAUGAAGUUUGAUGAGACCACCAGCCCAGACCAAUUACAGUCCCUUAAUGUUGCUACUCAUUUGGUAUAUACCAAGAGUAUGGAUGGGACUCUGUUUUCACUGCCUGCAAAAGUAUUUGAAAAUGGAGUAAUUUUUAAUAUUCCAAAAACCACACUAACAGUACCCAACUGGAUGAAGAAGAUUCCACAGAUUAUAAGGGAAAUAGAUCCGCAACUUGAAAAUGUUGACAUGCUUGAUUCUGUUUCUAUUCCACCUGUCAUCACUGUUCCAUCUUUUAAUGUGCCUCUUACAACACUUAGGGUGCCAUCCUUUACCUUAGCUCUACAAAACCUGAAAAUCCCAGAUUCUAUUAGUAUGGAUACUUUUGAUAUAGCUUUGCCAGGACUGCCAAAGGUCAAAAUCCCCAGCUUUGAAAUCAACACAAAAUACAUAAGGGACAAAAUGUCUUUCCUGCUUUUGAAGUUACCUCAAUAUGAAGUCACAAUCUCAUCAUUUACCCUUCCUAAAUCUUUCACCAUUGGUGAGCACACAGUCAGCCUGGAUGACCCCAUUAAAGCAAUAUGUAAUUUUGAGAUGCCAACUAUAACAAUCCCAGAACAGAAAAUUGAGAUCCCAGAGAUAUCACUUCACUUACCUGUCAGUGUAUUUAUUCCAUCUUUUGGUGCCCUCUUCACUUCUGUGAAAGUUUCCUCUCCAAUUUACACCAAUACAUGGACUGCAAAAGUAGAGAACAAGGAACCAGGCUUUGUAUACACACUGAAGUCCUCAUGCAUAUCCACCAUGACAUUCCUAGGAUAUGAUCUGGAAGCUGUUGCCAGUGUCUUAUUGGAUAAUGGAUAUAUGAGUCUGGAUGGAAAAUGCACCUUCUCCCACAAUGAUGUAAAGGUGAACUGGAAGCAUGAUCUCCAUCAGAAUCUGAGAAUUAAACGUCAAGAGCCUUCUGCCUCAAGACCUCCAAGACACACACUGGACAUUGAUGUAACAAGCCAAACUUUUGCUGAUGUGAAAUUCCGCUAUGCCUCCCACAAUAAUGGUAUAACGUCUUCAGUAUCCUACCCAGCUGGCUUUGUUGGAUUUCAGUUAACAAGGAGGUCACCAUCUCAGUACUAUGCAAAACUCUUCACCAGAUCCUUGUCAUCCCCUGACAAGGACACUGACCUGCUGAGUUUCAAGGUUACUAUUAAGAACUCUGAAAGGAUGAACCUUCAAAUUAGCUGGCAACUUAAUGGGUUCUUUGACAUGGUGAAUGAGAUUAAAGUCAGGCUGCCUGAUAUGACACGGGCUCUUUAUGAUUUCGUCAACAAAUAUCACAAAGCUCAUUUUGGCAUUGACCUUAAUCGUGCUGCUUUAAAGUUUAAGAAUGCCAUAACAAACAGUGUUAAAAGAGCUUACAGUAACAUCCCCAGGGCAUUUGAUGCAAUUCAGAACUCAAUUGAGCACCUGAGCCUGCAGAGUCAAGCAGUGAUGAAGAGAACAAUGAAGAGCAUGCCAGAAAUAAACUUACAGGAUGUGAUUUCCUGGGUUUCUGAAAAUGUCAAAGAACUACUUCAUCGUUAUGAGUCCAAUUUCAGGAUCCUAUUGGAUGCUGUAAUGAAGUUUCUGAGUGAGACUAAGUUUCACGUGCCAGGGUUGGAAGAGAAGCUCACUGGUCAAGAGUUGUACUACAAGAUGAGACGGUCUGUUUCAGUGGCGGUUAAGAGAGCUGCAAGUAGAUUUACCAGCCUUAUGGAGAUGAUAUGUGACACCAUUGAAAGCUUUGUUAGUGAAAUUCAUUUCAGCCUUCCCACUACGAAUGUAGUUGUUAAUGGUAAAGAUAUUUUGAGGAAUCUAAAGUCUGCUGUGAAGUCCACACAGGAUCAGAUUAUUCAAGCAUUGAAGAAGUGGGAAGGUUUGAAGUUAGAGAAACUGCUGCAAAAUAUCAGUGACUUUGUAAAACUUUGCAUCCAGAGGACAGGAGAGUUUAUUGCCUCUUUAAAGGCAGAGAAACUAGAUGAGCUUUCUACUCGUCUGAAGGGAAUUUACACUGAGGCCAACAAUAUACCAGUAAUGCAGGAACUUGCAUGGCAGAUUAAUAUGGCAAAAAUAAAUGCAGCUGAGUAUAAACACAAAGCACAAUUGAUGGUCCAGGAGGUCUACAAUGAGAUCUCCAUGGAGAACCUUAACUCAGAGAUUAAUGAAUUCAUUUCAGUCUUAGAGAAGCACCUUAGAGCUAACAUUGAAAGUAUUAUUGAAUAUUCAAAAAAAGCUUCACAGCAUACACAGCCAUACAUAAAAGUAACCAGCAAAAAGGUAGAUGUGGAUAUUCCCCUCCCAUUCUACUGGAAGUCUUUCAGUGACUGGCCAAGCAUGACUUAA